AUGGGCAAAGAGAAGACCCACAUCAACAUUGUGGUCAUCGGCCACGUGGAUUCGGGCAAGUCCACCACAACGGGGCAUCUCAUCUACAAAUGUGGGGGCAUCGACAAGAGGACCAUCGACAGGUUUGAGAAGGAGGCCGCGGAGGUGGGCAAAGGUUCCUUCAAGUACGCCUGGGUACUGGACAAGCUGAAGGCAGAGCGGGAACGUGGCAUCACCAUUGACAUCUCCCUGUGGAAGUUUGAGACCAAAAAAUACUACAUCACCAUCAUCGAUGCCCCAGGUCACCGUGACUUCAUCAAGAACAUGAUCACAGGCACCUCACAGGCAGACUGCGCUGUGCUGAUUGUGGCAAGUGGUGUAGGUGAGUUUGAGUCUGGCAUCUCUAAGAAUGGGCAGACCCGUGAGCAUGUACUGCUGGCCUAUACGCUGGGUGUGAAGCAGCUCAUCGUGGCAGUCAAUAAGAUGGACAUCACGGAGCCUCCUUACAGUAGUGCACGCUUUGAGGAGAUCAGCAAGGAGGUGAAGGCCUAUAUCAAGAAGAUCGGUUACAACUCUGAAGCUGUUGCCUUUGUGCCCAUCUCCGGCUGGCAUGGAGACAACAUGAUAGAACCCAGCAACAAGAUGUCCUGGUUCAGAGGCUGGAAGAUCACCAGGAAGGAAGGAAACAUGGUGGGCAUGACCCUGCUAGAAGCGCUAGACUCCAUCAUGCCCCCUGCCCGCCCUGUGAACAAGCCCCUGCGGCUGCCUCUGCAGGACGUAUAUAAGAUUGGGGGCAUCGGCACUGUGCCCGUGGGCCGGGUAGAAACAGGCUUCCUCAGGCCCGGCAUGGUGGUGACCUUUGCCCCCUGCAAUAUCACCACGGAGGUCAAGUCUGUAGAGAUGCACCACGAGGCCCUGGCUGAGGCCCUGCCCGGUGACAAUGUGGGCUUCAAUGUGAAGAACGUGUCGGUGAAGGACAUCAGGCGGGGCUAUGUGGCAGGAGACAGCAAGAAUGACCCGCCCUCAGAGGUGGGGAGCUUCGUCUCCCAGCUCCCAUCCCACCCUGGGUUCCAGGUGAUCAUUCUCAACCACCCUGGCAGUAUUGCGGCUGGCUACUCGCCAGUUCUGGACUGCCACACGGCCCACAUCGCCUGUAAGUUUGCAGAGCUCAGGGAGAAGAUCGACCGGCGCUCAGGCAAGAAGCUGGAAGAUAAUCCCAAAGCCCUAAAGUCUGGGGACUCAGCCAUUGUUCAGAUGAUCCCACGAAAGCCCAUGUGUGUAGAAAGCUUCUCAGAGUACCCACCCCUUGGUCGCUUCGCUGUCCGUGACAUGAGGCAGACGGUGGCAGUUGGGGUCAUCAAGGCUGUGGAGAAAAAAGCAGCAACUGGUGGCAAAGUCACCAAAUCUGCCAUGAAAGCGGCCAGGAAGUGAGUGGUGACAGCUACUUCAGGCCCUUCCAGGCCAGGAGCAGCCCAGGAGGAGCCACAGCUGGAAAAGAAUGGGCUCAAGGAGAAGCCUUGGACUUACUCUUCUC